GCGCCUGGAGACACUAAAGCUCAAGCUGCUCCACAGCCACACACUGGACACUGGCAAAGGACACACUUGAGACCCUGCCUGGCCUUACGGGACAGGAAGCCGCUGGGAUGGACGUCCCCACAGCACCUCCACUCUCCUGCCACAGCAAGACCCUGCAGAAGCAGUGGUUGGAAGCACUGGGUGCCCUUCACUAUGCACUGGCUAUCGUGGUUUUAGGCCCUCUCUCUUGCCUUCUCCUCUUCCUUCUCCUCUUCACACGGCUUUGGUCUCUGACUGUUCUCUACAUGAUGUGGCUCUAUGUGGACCGGGACACCCCCAGCCGAGGGGGAAGGCAGAGAGAACACACACGGAACUGGAUGAUCUGGAAACAGCAAAGGGAUUAUUUUCCUAUCAAGCUGGUGAAGACGGCAGAGCUGCCCCCCAACCAGAACUAUGUGCUGGGAGCCCACCCCCAUGGGAUCAUGACCACAGCAUCCUUCUGUAACUUUCUCACUGAAUGCAACAACUUCUCCCAGCGCUUCCCGGGGCUGCAGCCCUGGCUAGCCACACUGGCCGGGAUGUUUUAUAUCCCCGUGUUCCGGGACUACAUCAUGCUUGUUGGACUGCUUCCUGCGAGUCGUCACAGUCUGGACUUUGUUCUGUCUCAGCCCCAGCUGGGCCAGGCAGUUGUCAUCACCAUCGGUGGUGCCCAUGAAAGCCUGUACACAGCCCCAGGACAGCACUGCUUACAACUCCUGAAUCGCAAAGGCUUCAUUCAUUUGGCACUGAGACAUGGGGCCUCCUUGGUGCCCACAUACUCCUUUGGAGAGAAUGAUAUUUUCGAAACUAAGACUUUUCCAGAAAGCUCCUGGCAGUAUCUGUGCCAGGUCAUCUUCAAGAAGAUCACUGGCAUUUCUCCCUGCAUCUUCUGGGGCCGGAGUUUCUUCUUGCCCAACUCCUGGGGUCUGCUGCCACAUCCCAGGCCCAUCACCACUGUGGUGGGCGCCCCCAUCCAUGUGCCCCAGUUCUGCGCACCCACUGAAGUGCAAGUUAACCACUACCACAGGCUCUACAUGGAGGCCCUGGAGCGACUGUUUGAGGAGCACAAGGAAAGCUGUGGCAUCCCCACCUCCACCCACCUCACCUUCUGCUAGGCCUGGGCUCAUGUACCAUGGAGUUCUGAGACCCCAUCUGCUGCCCUCCUCUGCUCUCCAAUAAAGGUUGUG